GACGUUCAACUGACGCCAGCAAAUAUCUUCUUUACUUGAUUCCACGUAAUAAAUUUUAGCCUCAAAUUAUCAUUACUAUCAAAGUUAAUAGGAUUAAUUUGACCAUGAGUUAUUUAGACAAUAGUUUUCUAAGUAUAAUUAAUGUGAAAACGAUGGUGACUGAUCUUGAAUCAUUGAGUUGAUGCGUGCAGCUACAAUUGUAAAGAUCGUUUGUUCGCGGACCUUCUCUGAUGUAGGUCCGAAAUAGAGAACAAAUCUGUUGCACACGCACUGCACAUUGAUGGUGACAAACUGAAAAGAGUUGUUUCAAAUUUAAUUUUGAAAAAUUAUGUCGCAGAAUCGUUUAUAAUGAGAUUGUUUUCCAAAAUUAGCAACUUUCGUUGACCAUGGUACGAUAAACUUUAUUGGUUAUCUCAAAGUCAAUAAUUGUCAAAGUGUAUUGCAUUUCUAUUGCAGGUUCAUCUCUGAAAAAUGGUAAAAAAUUACAUUUGAGUUGAAACAAUGUUAAAAUCUACACACGCAGAUUUCGAAUAAUCACUUAUUAAAGUGUAAGCUGACCAUGAACAACGUAUGGCGUGUUCUGCUUACACUCGUGGUGUCGGUGGCGCUGACCAUCCUGCUGUGCGCGCUGUGCGUCAGUUUAUUCCAGCUGGUCCGGUACCUGUGCAAGCGACUGCGCAGGGCCAUCAACGCUGAAAGACCUUACGUCUUGGAGCUGCCGGACAGCCGAGGUCGGCGCAGAUGCAGCGAUGACAGCAGCAGUGAAGGAAAAUUUGACAACUUCGAAGACGAGAGAGGUAGCGGAGAGGAUGUUCACGAUCACGUCGUUUCGAAGAGCUCAGAGUUUGGCGACACAACACAGGUAGAUGCUCGAAUCCUAGAUAAUGAUGUUCUUUGUCGCGAUGGAAAAAUCGGACAAAGGUUUAGCGGCAACGAAAGAAGAGAUGUCGGAAGUGGCAAUGACGGUGGUGGCACCAAUGGAAGAAUUAACGGUUACCAAACCACAGCAACGACUCGCUGCCACGAAAUCCUUCCUAAACAUGACGUUGAUGACCAAUUGAGGGCGGAUGCUUGUCACGGCAGCGCGGAGACUAAUGCUUCAAGUAGCAUCGAUACCAUGAAAACACGGAACCUGCUCUGCCGGACUCAAGAUACCACACGAGCUAGAGAUGGUCAGACCAUCAUCAACAUGUAUGCAAAUGAUCACCGAGGAAAGUCAAGUUCCAAUUUAAUGCGAAACGCAUCACGAGAUGGACGAAAUGUCAUGGCGAACGCGGAGAUCCAGAUCGACGGCUGUGAUAGCCAGGAGAGUCGCGGUCUCGAGCUGGUGCAGUACACUGCGUCCCCACGAGUGCCUGGACGCAAGAAAAAUGAAGGGCGGCGCCCUUCCACAGUCGGGGCCACCACGCCUGUGCAGGCACAUCUGACUGACGUUCCUUCCUUGUCCAUGACAGAUGAUGGAACGUCGCCGUUUCAGAGCUGCCUGGACGAGUCAAGCAUGUUUUCCACCUCUAAUUAUUUGAACAAUGAACGCCUCGAAGAUGGAGUAAACUACGAUAGUAUGGCUGGAAGUCAGAAUUACGAAUCAGCAAGGUAUGAUUUUGAUCAUUCAACACCGCGUCAGCAUCACAAUUCGGAGAGUCAACUUCAUUUCAACCGACCACUGAAUUUGUUUGACUGCGACCGCGUAGUUCCAAGUGAGCGUCGUCACUAUCCAUUCCGUCACGAACUCGAAGAUCGCAAUGCAAAAUCUACACCCAAUUUAUUUUCAUCUUCAGAGGCUUGCGGCAGAAGAGAUCGCAGGCAAAGUACGGGCAAUGCUCUACAUUAUGCGCUGCCCGAAUACUUUGAAGAUGAUAUAGAAUUCGAUGAUGGACAGUGCAUGCGAGCAAGAUCGACAUCCAUCACUACUGACGAACGCAAGACCCACCAAAUGAAUUCCACAUCACAUUCGACCAUAUUCACAAUUUCUGCGCACCUAAAUGCACCAUUCUUCACAGAUGACAAUCGCAGCAUCUAUGGACAGUGUCGCAGCAAUGCCAGCCAGGCAUCUACGUUACAGUUGCAGGAAGUGAGGCGAAGUCAGAAUCGCGAUCCACCGGCCUCGGUAUUGAACAGCCUGAGGAACUUAGGACCAGAGCACAGAUACUCGAGCCUCGAUGUGAUUAACUUGAAAGAAUGCGAAGAACCGCCCGCGUACAACGAACUGCCCCCUCCUACGUACAUCGAAGCUAUGCUCAAUGAUCACCUUAACAAACAGAGAGAAAUUAUAGAACGCAGGAAACCCUGUAGCGCGUCAUUACAGAGCUCAGAAGUAUAAUAAUUGUUGAGGAGCACAACAUGUUUAUUUCGCACAAGCACCCAAUAACUUAUCAAGCAGAAAAAGAAACUCUUAACUUUUAUAGAGAUUCUUUACUCAGUAUAACAGCUUGUCAAAAUUAACAGAAAUAACAUUUCCUAAAAUACGAAAUAAAGUUAAGUAGUAGAAAACAUUUUAAAGCCUUACCAUACGAGAUGUUCUAAUUGCCACGACGAUUCGUUUGCUAAUAACAAGAACGACAUACAUAAACGAAUGGAAGACAAAGAUUUAAAUGUAACGAAGACUUUAUUCUAGAAUAAUUUCGAUGAUGGUGUUCAGUUUCUGAACAAAAAACUCGAGACUUAAAAAUCUAUCCUUGGUGUUAGGCCGCCACAUGGACGAGCUUAUAUAAUCAUCUGCCUCAUUGGGACAGGGAGACUUGCACAAAGUUAUCUACAGAAACAUUACUAUUGAAUUUUAGCAUUAUCUCUGAUCAAAGGCAAAUUGGCAAAGAAAAUUAUUCUUAAUAGUGUCGAACUAGAUAUUAUAAAUUUGAGUAGACCAUUUCAUGUACAACGAAAUUUAUAACGAUGUACUGGUAAUGAGAGGACAAGAACCUUUGCUGAGUUGAGAAGGUCGUGGAUGGCGUUAAAAAGUAUGAAAUAUGUUCAUAUUGAAGCUUAUGGUGCAAAGAAGUUUUAAAGUAAAUAUUACCAAGCGAAUCAUGCAACGCCUAAGAAGGAAAAUACUGUUAAAUUAUUAGAGAUUGCAUAAUUUUCUCACAUUUUUGUUUAUCUUUGGAUGGUUUAAAUUUUUAUUAGUUGAAUUGAAACUAGUUGAUAAGCUCCCUAAGAGAAUAAACGCAAACUGACUGUUUACUAGGUAGGGAUAAUCCGUAAGAUCUAUAAGACAAACUAGUAUGUGAAUGUAGCAUUAACGAUGCACUCACACGCAGCUCCUAAGAACAUUUUGUUCAUUGCACAAAUGUACUCUUCUGUAACCUCAUACUUCGACAUUAAUUACAAAAUAUACGCUUCA